CCCUAUUAAAAAACAGAGACCCCCACAAAACACACAACACAGAAAACACUAUGUUUCUCUCUAUCUAAUUUAUUUAAUAGUUUUGGAAAUUAAAUUGGGUGAAUUAAUUGUAAUUAUAAAAGUGUUUAAAUCGGUGAAAAAAGUGAGUUUUGUUGUCGGUGUUGUUGUUUGAAGAGAUGGGGAAGAAGAGAAAAUCAACAGCGACGAGUCUAGACGAGGUGGAUCGGACUAUGUACGCGUCGUUUUGUAGCGCUGCUAAUUCUUUAUCACAGCUUUAUACCCAGUCUAUGAAUCACCAGAAAUUGUCCUUUCAGGCCGGUGAAAGACACGGUCUUGAAAAACUUUAUCAAUGGAUUUGGAGACAACAAGAGGGAGGAUCAAGAGUGACUACAGUUGAUAUACUCAAUUACAUUCAGAAUGAGGUAGACUAUAGUGGAGAAGAGCCACCAGCGUCGCCUAGAGCGCCACAGCACAAUCAGAAUUCACAGCCUAUUCAAAUCACAAAUUCCAGCUUCCUUUCAUCAGGGUCGUCUGGUCCAGUAUCCGCAGGCCAGGUUGUCCGCUCUGAACAAUGUGAUCAACCCCCAAAAAAUUCAGUGUUCUCAAAUGCGUUGUCAAGCCCCAUUCGGAGGAGCCUCCAGAACUAUCACAUUGCACAGGGAGGUUAUUAUGCAACUGGUGGUCCACCAUCCGGAAAUGGACACCGCAGUAAUGAUGCCAGCUUUGUUCAGAACCAGAAUCGGGAUCCCAAUCCUCCAAGUUCCAACGAUUCUUCAAUGGACAUCUAAUUUAAGCAGGUGUUAAGAAGCUGUAUGGUAUGCUGUAGGUAGACGAAUUGGAUGGGGUUUGCAGUUUCAUUAUCUUACUGUUUAGGCACAUGGAAAUGGUUACUUCAUACAAGAAUAAUGGCGCUACGCUGUUGACUUGUAUGAGUGUGUGGAGAAGAAUAGCUAAUCGUGUGAAUUCUCUUGGGGAUGAAAAAUGGCAUAUGAUGGGCACCAUAACCUGUUAGUUUUAUAUCAUUUAUCGUCUUUUGAAUGCUUAAGUUGCAUCUUUAAUGUCAUGUAAAGCUUGUGGUUGAAUCGACUUUGCAACUUAUUAAAUGGUAAUAUUUGUUACAUUUAAUCUUGAAA